UUUCCCUCAGUAAUUAGGUUAUUUAUGUAAAUUCUGCCCCACACAUAAUAAAACCACACUUCUUUCUCACUUAUUUCACCAUAGGAGAACCCAGGGGUGGUCGAGCAGCUCUCCCGCAAGGAGACGUCGGCGGCUCCUUCGAUCAAUCAAACGCCUGGCUCUUCUGACGAUUACUUCGCGUUUUUGUAGAGACUUCAACCGAUGCUUUGACAGUCGGUAAUCGCAUUACUUUUGGUUCUAACUUUAGACGGAGGAAGAUAACAGAGAGACAUACUCAACUGCCUGCCGCACACUUAAUCUUUUGCAUAUUGUUUCGGUCAACUAGGUUUCAAGGGAGAAACAAGGGUUUUGAUUCAAUGGGUUCUAAGAAAAGAAGCAGUUCCCAUUCUGUGGAGGACGUGGAAAAUCAAGCAGAAAACAACAGGGAGCUGAAACCUUUGAAGAAGAAAAUGAGGAAGGAGAAGAACAAAGAUGAAGAAAACCCAGAAACUGUACAAGGAGACGAUGCAGCAGUUACUCCUUCUGGUGUCCCUGCUAGUUCCAACAAAGACAUGGAGAGGAAGAAGAAGAGAAAAGCGUUUGAUAAAGAGAGAAAGAGAGCUGCUUUGCAAGAUGAAGGAAUGGCGCAGCCUAAACCAUUGGAGGCAGAACCCAGACCUGAAGAGACUAGCGCAUCUCUAGCAUCUUCUUCCACUAGCGGAUUGCCGGAGUUCCAUAUCAGUGUUUUCAAGAACUUGGCUUCGGCUGAUGGUUCAGUGCGAGAAGAAGCAGUGGAAUCAUUAGUGAGGGAGUUGCAGGAAGUUCAGAAGGCAUAUGAGAGACUUGGAAAAAAGGAUUUGGUCAGCGAGGGCUUGAAACUAGAGGCGGACAAAGAUGAUGGUUUGAGUGAUUGUGCACCAUCUUUGAGAUAUGCUGUGCGCAGGCUAAUCCGAGGUGUUUCUUCUUCUCGAGAGUGUGCAAGACAAGGGUUUGCCUUAGGUUUGACUUUGUUGAUUGGCAAAAUUUCUAGCGUCAAAGUGGAUUCACUGCUGAAGCUUAUUGUUGAUUCUUUAGAAAUCUCUUCAUCAAUGAAAGGCCAGGAAGCAAGGGAUUGUUUGUUAGGGCGAUUAUUUGCUUAUGGUGCUCUAGCUCGAUCAGGAAGGCUAAGCGAAGAGUGGAUCUCUGAUAAGAAUACUCCUUACAUUAAGGACUUCACCAGUGUUCUUAUCUCUCUUGCAGCAAAGAAGCGAUACUUGCAAGAGGCUGCUGUAGCUGUCCUUUUAGACAUGGUUGAAAAGUUGCCUGUUGAAGCGGUGCUCAAUCAUGUUCUUGUAGCUCCAGGAUUGCAUGAGUGGUUUGAAGAAGCCACUGAUGUUGGAAAUCCCGAUGCAUUGCUUUUAGCAAUCAAAAUUCGAGAAAAGAUUUCUGUUGACAGCUCUGUGUUUGGCAAACUUCUGCCAAAUCCAUACAGCCCAAGCAAUAUUUUUGCUGCUGACCAUCUUUUAUGUAUUGUAAACUGCUUAAAGGAAUCUACCUUCUGUCAGCCUCGAGUUCAUAGUGUAUGGCCUGCUCUCAUAAACAUUCUCUUACCUGAAACUGUUCUACAAACUGAAGAUUCAUUUUUGAUUGCUAAUUCUUUGAAGAAGUACAAAAAAGGUCGCAGGUCUAGUUCUUCAGAAGAAGAAAUUGCCAAGAACAUUCAAUGCUUUUAUGAAGUUAUCAUAGAAGGAUCCCUUCUUCUUUCAUCUCAUGACCGUAAGCACUUGGUAUUUGAUAUUGUGCUCCUUCUCUUACCAAAGCUGCCUGCAUCCUUUGUUCCACUUUGCGAUUCCUUUAGCACAUUACGCAACAUCCCUUCAGUUUCUCUUUUUCGGUCUUUGAGUGAGGAGGAUGAAAAGGCAUUUAAAGAAUUGCAAGACAUGGAAACAAGGCUUUCCAGGGAGGAAAGGAAUUGUGGACUGAGUGCUGAUGCAAAUAAAUUGCACGCGUUGAGGCACUUACUCAUCCAGUUGCUGCUCCAAGUACUCCUUCGGCCAGGGGAAUAUUCAGAAGCUGCGUCUGAACUGACCAUAUGUUGUAAGAAAGUCCUCACGGCAUCUUCUGAUCUUCUUGCUUGCUCUGGAGAAGAUGAGGUAGAUGAUGAGGCAACGCCUGAGUUAAUGGAUGUUCUUGUUGACACACUGCUUUCAUUGUUGCCACAGUCAUCAGCUCCUAUGCGCUCUGCCAUUGAACAGGUUUUUAAAUAUUUUUGUCAUGAUAUGGACACUUACCUUGCCCAGAUUUUCAAGGAGAAAAAAAAUCAGGCUGGGAGUGAAACUGCUCAAUCUCAACUUGUUCUAUUCAAACUUCGAGUCCUUUCAUUGCUGGAGAUUUAUCUGCAUGAAAAUCCAGGCAAGCCUCAAGUUCUUACAGUAUACUCAAACUUAGCUCAGGCAUUCAUCAAUCCACAAACUGCAGAAGGUAGCGAGCAGCUUGGGCAGCGUAUAUAUGGAAUUCUUCAAAAGAAAAUAUUAAAAGCGAAGGAUAUCCCAAAGGGUGAGGCUGUGCAACUGUCUAUUCUCAACUCUUUGUUGGAAAAGAAUUUGAAGUUGGCAUCAAAACCAUUCAAGAGAAAGAAAUCAGCUGGUAACCCAUCAAAAAAGCAGUUAGCUUCUUGGAAUCGACAUAAAAUGAUUUCUUCCCUUGCACAGAAUUCUACCUUCUGGAUAUUGAAGAUCAUUGAUACGAGAAGUUUCCCAGAGUCUGAACUGCAGAAAGUCCUUGAUAUUUUCCAGACAGUCAUGGUAGGGUAUUUUGAUAACAAAAAGUCUCAAAUAAAAUCAGAGUUUUUGAAGGAGAUAUUCCGGAGACGGCUGUGGAUUGGGCAUCAUCUCUUAGGAUUCCUUUUGGAGAGAUGUGGGAGUGCAAAAUCAGAAUUCCGGCGAGUUGAAGCUCUUGACUUGGUGACUGAGAUAUUGAAGUCAUUGGUUCCUCUGAACUCUGGUGAAAGCAGCAGCCAGGAUGCGGCAAAAAAAGUGUUGAAGCACCAUAAGCAAAAACUGUGUCAUCUGAUAAAGGAGUUGGUGAGCAAUAUGCCUGAAAAGCAAGCAAGGCGAGCUGAAGUGCGAAAGUUCUGUAGUAGAAUCUUCCAGCUAAUAUCAUCCCAUAAGCUUUCAAAAUCUUUUCUCAAGGAUUUGGAUCCAGAUGCUCAAGCUGCUUGUGAGUCUAAACUUGGUGACAUCUUCACUAACCUCAAGACUGCAGAACACAAGCGGUAAGAACAGGCAGCGCUCGAUAUAUAUAUAUAUAUAUAUAUACAUGGUGAAAAGAUUUGGCUUUUGGGAUAAAAAAGUCAAAUCUGUUCCAAAUCUAAAAUUCACAUUCUGGGGCCAUGCCGUUCACAAGUCUAAAUAUCAAUGUCUUGGCAAUUUACAGCUGUUUAAAGACUUUUUUUUGGGGUGGAAUUAUGUCUGAGAAACUGCAGUGGUCUCAACAAUUUUGUCUGUUGAAUUUGUUAUUAAUAUGCAAAGAACGAAAUUAUACAUUUUGUGC